CGUCACUAUGGGGACACUAGAAGACUUGAUCCUCCUCUAAAAGCGAGUGUGAGACCAAGAUGUUGGAUGAAAACAAAGCUGCCAUUGCAGCAGAAAAGGAAGCUCUGAACUUGAAGUUGCCUCCUAUCGUGCGCCCCCCUGAAAACAUAGGUGUUGACACCCCAGCACAAAGUAAACUGCUGAAUUACAGAAGAUCUAAGGAGCAGCAGAAGACAAUUAAUCAGUUAGUAAUUGAUGGAGUCAAAAGAAGUUUAGACAGAACACUGGAUAAAAGAAUACCUCCAACAAUGGAACCAGAUUAUCCUCCAACUAUGACCAGUGAAAUUAAGAAGAAAGGAUUCAACUAUAUUCAUAUGAAGCAAUAUGUAGAAAGCAGUCCUAUAGUGCCUAUUCAGCAGGAAUGGCUGGAUCACAUGGUAAUGCUGAUCCCUGAGUCUUUAAAGGAAGGGAAAGAAAGAGAAGAACUCCUUGGAAGUCUCAUAGAUGAGGUGUCAAGUGACUUUGAGAGAAGCAUGAAGAGAUACCUGGUGAGGAGUGUUCUCGUGAAACCUCCAGUUAAAUGGCUUGAAGAUGAAGGAGGCCCUUUACCUGAAUCCCCUAUAGGACUGGAUUAUUCCAAGCCUUGGCAUUCUAGCUAUCUGCAGGCAAGGAGUCAAAUAUUAGCUAAUUUGCAUAUUGUUCAUCCAACUAUGAAAAUAUUACUGGACCUUGGUUAUUCGACGUUUACCAAUACAGUUUUGCUAAAUUUAACAGGAAUUAGAGCUAAAGGGCCAAUUGAUUGUGAAUCACUGAGAAAUGAUCUGUCAAUACAAGCUAGAAAGGCAGAAGAGAAGAUAAUGAAAACAUGGUAUCCAAAGGUCAUAAAUCUUUUCACAAAGAAGGAGGCUCUAGAAGGUAUCAAACCUGAAAAAUGGGAUGCAUUUUAUAACUGUGUUUCCACACUUAUGUCAAAUCAGCUAAAGGAUUUCUUAAAGAGAACUGUAGAAGGAUUUGUGAAGCUCUUUGACCAGGAAGAUCAAUGUGGGCUGCCAAUAUUUAGGAUGGAGCUGACAUUUGAUGAGGAUAAAAUGGAGUUUUAUCCUACCUUUCAAGAUUUGGAAGAUAUUAUUUUGGGUUUGGUAGAGCGAAUAGCGGAAGCUUUGCAGAAUGUCCAAACAGUUUCCUCUUGGCUCUCAGGAACUUCACCACCUGUUAAUCUUGACACAGAACUUCCUGAACACGUGUUACAAUGGGCUCUUACUACACUGAAGGCGGCAAUACAUCAUAACUUAGAAGGUGCAAGACAACAUUAUGAGACAUAUGUUGAAAAAUAUAAUUGGCUUAUUGAUGGGACUGCGGUUGAGCUGAUAGAGACUUUCCAAGCAGAAGAUCACACUUUUGAUGAAUACACAGAAUUUAUAGGAAGAUUUCUCAGUCUCGCCUCAGAAAUAAUGCUUUUGCCUCAGUGGGUUCAUUACCCUAUGGUGCGUUUGGAUUGUGAAGAUUUGAAGACAGGCCUAACAAACAAAGCAAAAGCCUUUGCAAAUAUAUUGUUAAAUAACAUAGCUUCAAAACAUAGAAAAGAAAAUGAAAGCAUUUGUAGUGAUUUUGAAGCAAUUAAAGAGCAUGCAUUAAGAGUCCCUGAGACAACAGAAGAGAUGAUGGAUCUGAUAUCUUAUAUAGAAAAAGCCCGGACUACAGGGAUUCAAGACUUGAUUUUCCGAAUCAAGGAAUCCAAACGCCGAAUGAAUUACUUUUUAGAUGUUUUCCUAUAUCCUCCAGAAGACUUAGCUUUAAAUUCAACUGUCCUUAUGUGGCCUUGGAAAAUUAAUCCCAUCUUGGAUAAAAAUGAUGAGCUUAUUGAGACUGCAAAACAUAAAAAGGAAAAUGAGCUGAUAGCCAAGAGAGAGAAACUGAUUUUGGAACUAGAAAAGGAAUCACGCUGCAUGGAAGAGUUUACAGAAUUUGCAGAACUGGACCACAUGCAACAGUAUGUGACAGAUGUAAGGCAACUACAGAAACGCAUUCAGGAGUCUGAAGAAGCAGUUCAGUUUAUUAAUAAGGAAGAGGAACUUUUCAAAUGGGAAUUGACAAAAUAUCCUGAGCUGGAUAAAUUAAAAGUGAACAUUGAGCCCUAUCAGAAGCUUUUUAAUUUUGUUCUCAAGUGGCAGCGAACAGAAAAACGGUGGAUGGAUGGAGGCUUUUUGGACCUUAAUGGGGAAAGCAUGGAAGCUGAUGUCGAUGAAUUUUCCCGAGAAAUUUUUAAGACACUGAAAUUUUUCCAAAUGAAGCAAAAGAAAGAAUUGCAAGAAAAAAGAAAGGCAGCACAAAAGCGGUCUGUGGAAGAGGACAAACUUGAGGAAGAACCAAGAGAGAAUCCAGCGAUUACUAUGUGCUCCACAGUAAUGGAGCAGAUUAAAGCUUUUAAGGAUUAUAUCCCUAUUGUCUCCAUCCUGUGCAAUCCGGGAAUGAGAGCUCGUCACUGGACGCAGAUAUCAGAAAUUGUAGGCUAUGACUUGACUCCAGACUCUGGAACUACACUGAGAAAAAUUUUAAAAUUAAACCUUACACCAUACUUGGAAAAAUUUGAAGUGAUAAGUGCAGGUGCAAGUAAGGAAUUUUCACUAGAGAAAGCCAUGCAUACAAUGAGAGGAACCUGGGAUGAUAUUGCUUUUCAUAUAUGUCCAUAUCGUGAUACUGGAGUCUCUAUUCUUUCUUCAGUAGAUGAGAUUCAGACUCUCCUUGAAGAUCAAAUUAUAAAAACUCAGACAAUGAGAGGCUCACCUUUCAUCAAACCAUUUGAAAAAGAGAUUAAGGCCUGGGAGGACCGUUUGAUUCGAAUACAAGAAACGAUUGAUGAAUGGUUAAAAGUGCAAGCUCAGUGGCUGUACUUGGAGCCCAUUUUUUGUUCUGAGGAUAUCAUGCAACAGAUGCCAGAAGAAGGGCGUCAGUUUCAGACAGUAGACAGACACUGGAGAGAUAUCAUGAAGUUUUGUACAAAAGAUCCCAAGGUUCUUGCUGCUACUUCUUUAACAGGUUUAUUGGAAAGAUUGCAGAACUGCAAUGAACUUUUGGAGAAAAUUAUGAAAGGGCUCAAUGUGUAUCUUGAAAAAAAACGGCUUUUCUUCCCUCGUUUUUUCUUCUUAUCUAAUGAUGAAAUGUUAGAGAUUUUGUCAGAGACCAAAGAUCCACUAAGAGUUCAGCCUCAUUUAAAAAAAUGCUUUGAGGGCAUCGCUAAACUGGAAUUUCUUCCCAAUUUGGACAUUAAAGCCAUGUAUAGCUCUGAAGGGGAGCGAGUAGAACUGAUCGCACUGAUUUCCACGUCUGCAGCGCGAGGGGCUGUGGAAAAGUGGCUCAUUCAAGUGGAAGAUUUAAUGCUCCGGAGUAUUUAUGAUGUGAUCGCUGCAGCCAGGCUGGCUUAUACAGAAUCUGCAAGAAGAGACUGGGUUCGAGAGUGGCCUGGACAAGUUGUCCUUUGUGUUUCUCAAAUGUUCUGGACUUCUGAUACAGAAGAAAUUAUAAGUGGUGGAACAGAGGCAUUAAAGGAGUACCAUAAGGAACUUCAAAAUCAACUGAAUGAUAUUGUGGCACUGGUCAGAGGAAAACUGUCAAAGCAGACCAGGAUUACCCUGGGGGCCUUGGUUACCAUUGACGUCCAUGCUAGGGACGUGGUCAUGGACAUGAUUGAUAUGGGUGUCUCACAUGAUACAGAUUUCCAGUGGCUUGCUCAGCUCCGAUAUUAUUGGGAAUCUGACAAUGUUCGAGUUCAUAUCAUUAACUGCAAUGUAAAAUAUGCUUACGAAUAUCUUGGUAACUCCCCUCGACUUGUCAUCACUCCUCUAACUGACAGGUGUUACAGAACAUUGAUAGGUGCCUUCUAUUUAAACCUUGGAGGAGCUCCAGAGGGGCCAGCAGGCACUGGAAAAACCGAAACCACCAAGGACUUGGCGAAAGCUCUUGCUGUCCAAUGUGUGGUGUUCAACUGUUCUGAUGGGCUAGAUUAUCUAGCCAUGGGAAAGUUUUUUAAAGGAUUGGCUUCUUCUGGUGCUUGGGCUUGCUUUGAUGAAUUUAAUCGAAUUGAGUUGGAGGUGUUGUCAGUGGUAGCUCAACAGAUCCUUUCCAUUCAGAGAGCCAUUCAACAGAAACUGGAUGUGUUUACUUUUGAAGGGACAGAACUUAAGCUCAAUCCAAACUGUUUUGUAGCUAUCACAAUGAACCCUGGCUAUGCGGGACGUUCUGAAUUGCCAGAUAAUCUUAAGGUUCUUUUUAGGACUGUGGCUAUGAUGGUUCCAAACUAUGCCCUCAUAGCGGAAAUCUCCCUCUACUCCUAUGGAUUUCUGAAUGCCAAGCCUCUGUCUGUGAAGAUAGUGAUGACCUACAGGCUCUGCUCAGAGCAGCUCUCCUCACAGUUUCAUUAUGACUAUGGAAUGCGAGCAGUAAAAGCGGUUUUAGUGGCUGCUGGAAACCUUAAACUGAAAUUCCCAAAUGAAAAUGAAGAUAUACUUCUUCUUCGAUCAAUUAAAGAUGUAAAUGAACCGAAGUUUCUAUCACACGAUAUACCCUUAUUUAAUGGAAUAACUAGUGAUCUAUUUCCUGGUAUUAAACUUCCUGAAGCUGACUAUCAUGAAUUUUUGGAAUGUGCUCAUGAAGUCUGCAAAGUACAUAAUCUUCAGCCAGUUAAAUUUUUUCUUGAAAAAAUGAUUCAGACGUAUGAAAUGAUGAUUGUUAGACAUGGUUUUAUGUUGGUAGGAGAGCCUUUUGCGGCUAAGACAAAAGUUAUGCACAUGCUGGCUAACACUCUCACUCUUAUGAAUGAACGUGGCUAUGGAGAGGAAGAGAAGGUUAUUUAUAGGACUGUAAACCCCAAAUCCAUUACUAUGGGCCAACUUUUUGGACAGUUCGACCCAGUGUCUCAUGAGCUUUGCCUUAUGAGUGGAGAAAUCAUCCAGAUGUCCCCUCAAAUGAGCCUCAUCUUUGAAGCAAUGGACCUUUCCCAGGCUUCGCCUGCCACCGUAAGCCGCUGUGGCAUGAUUUAUUUGGAGCCGUCACAGUUAGGGUGGGAACCAAUUGUAACCUCCUGGUUGAAUUCUCUGAAAGGACCUCUACAAGAACCAGAUCAUCAAGCUCUUCUGAGAGGACUCUUUGACUGGUUAAUAAAGCCUUCUUUAAUACUUCGUAAGAAAAAAUGCAAGGAACUGAUUCCUACAAGUGAUAGCAAUGUGGUUGUAUCUCUUACACGCCUCUUUGAAGUAUUACUCUGUGACGUGCUGGAAAAUGAUCCUACAAGCAAACAUAUUCGUGUUUGGAUUAUGGCUUCCUUCAUAUUUUCUUUGAUUUGGUCCAUUGGAGGGAGUUGUGAUACAGAAGGUCGGAUUAUUUUUGACACCUUUCUACGGUUAAUCAUACUUGGAAAAGAUGUAGACAACCCAGUGCCAGACUCUGUGGGUAAAUGGGAAUGCCACUUUGAUGAAAAAGGCCUGGUCUAUGACUACAUGUAUGAGUUGAAACACCGAGGUCGCUGGGUCCACUGGAAUGAAUUAAUUAAAAGUAUUAAUCUAGGAGAAAAACGUGUCAAGAUUCAAGAUAUCAUAGUUCCUACAAUGGACACAAUUAGAUAUACCUUUCUCAUGGACUUGAGUAUUACCUAUGCAAAGCCAUUGCUUUUCGUGGGCCCAACCGGUACAGGAAAAUCAGUGUACGUGAAGGAUAAACUAAUGAAUCACUUGGAAAAGGACCAGUAUUUCCCUUUUUAUGUUAAUUUCUCUGCACGGACCAGUGCCAACCAAGUUCAGAAUAUUAUUAUGUCUAGAUUGGAUAAAAGACGCAAAGGAGUUUUCGGACCACCUAUGGGAAAGAAAUGUAUAAUUUUUAUAGAUGACAUGAAUAUGCCUGCAUUGGAGAAAUAUGGAGCUCAACCUCCUAUUGAAUUACUACGACAAUUUUUUGACUGUGGGAAUUGGUAUGACCUUAAGGAUACAAGUAAAAUCACAUUGGUUGACAUAGAGCUAAUGGCUGCCAUGGGCCCUCCAGGUGGUGGAAGAAAUCCAGUCACUCCCCGUUUUAUUCGACAUUUCAACAUCUGCUCUAUCAAUACUUUCAGUGAUGAAACUAUGAUCCGAAUCUUCUCCUCAAUUGUAGCAUUCUACCUUAGGACUCAUGAGUUUCCUCCAGAGUACUUUUCAAUUGGGAACCAAAUCGUCAAUGGAACAAUGGAGAUAUAUAAACAAUCCAUGCAAAAUCUUUUGCCCACGCCCACAAAAUCCCAUUACACCUUCAACUUGCGGGAUUUCUCACGCGUCAUCCAGGGCUGCUUACUCAUUGAAAAAGACGCUGUGGAGAGCAAGCACACCAUGACCCGCUUGUUCGUGCAUGAAGUUCUCCGGGUGUUUUAUGACCGUCUCGUUAAUGAUAAUGAUCGAUACUGGCUGUUCAAUUUAAUCAAAGCUGUUAUAAAGGAUCAUUUUAAAGAAUCAUUUGAUGGUGUCUUUUCACAUUUGAAGAGACAGAAUGCACCAAUCUCUGAAGAGGACUUGAGAAAUCUCAUGUUUGGCGAUUAUAUGAAUCCUGAUCUUGAAGGAGAUGACAGAGUUUACGUUGAAAUUUCAAAUAUUCAUCAUUUUAGUGACAUUGUGGAACAAUGCUUAGAUGAGUACAAUCAAACUCACAAAACAAGAAUGAACCUUGUUAUUUUUAGGUAUGUAUUGGAACAUUUAUCACGAAUAUGUCGAAUUCUAAAGCAGUCAGGUGGAAAUGCUUUGCUUGUUGGACUUGGAGGCAGUGGUCGUCAGUCUUUAACUCGUCUGGCUACAUCCAUGGCAAAAAUGCAGAUUUUCCAACCAGAAAUUUCUAAAAGCUAUGGUAUGAAUGAAUGGAGAGAGGAUCUGAAGGUUCUAUUGAAGAAUGCAGGCAUGAAGGGCCAGAAGACAGUCUUUCUAAUCACGGAUACGCAGAUUAAAGAGGAAGCUUUCCUGGAGGAUGUUGACAGUGUGCUCAAUACUGGAGAAGUACCUAACAUUUUUGCUGCCGAUGAAAAACAGGAAGUGAUGGAGGGUGUUCGUCCUGUAGCUCAGGCUGGCAGUAAACACUCUGAGCUCAGUCCCUUGGCCCUGUUUGCAUUCUUUGUGAAUCGCUGCAAAGAUAAUCUUCAUGUUGUGGUGGCCUUUAGCCCCAUUGGAGAUGCUUUUCGGAAUCGCUUGAGACAGUUCCCAUCCCUCAUCAAUUGCUGUACCAUUGACUGGUUUCAGCCAUGGCCUGAAGAUGCCCUUGAACUUGUAGCUGUGAAAUUCUUAGAAACACUGGAGCUUACUGAGGAUGAGAGACGGGAGAUAGUUCCAAUCUGCAAACACUUUCACACUACCAUUAUGGAUCUUUCAGAAAGGUUCUUGCAGGAGUUAGGACGGCAUAACUAUGUUACUGCUACUUCUUACCUUGAACUAAUUGCCUCAUUUCGACAGCUUUUGACUAAGAGGCGACAAGCUGUCAUGGAAGCAAAACAGCGAUAUGUGAAUGGGCUUGACAAGUUAGCUUUUGCGGAGUCUCAGGUUGGAGAAAUGAAAAUGGAGCUUGUCCAAUUACAGCCUAAAUUGGAGGAAGCUAAAAUUGAAAAUGCACACAUGAUGCAGGUUAUCGAGAUCGAGUCUGCACAAGUGGAAGCAAAAAGAAAGUUUGUGAAAUUAGAUGAAGAGAUAGCCAGUGGCAAGGCUGAAGAAGCCCAAGCUCUGAAAAAUGAGUGUGAGAGUGACCUGGCUGAGGCUAUUCCAGCCUUGGAAGCAGCUCUGUCUGCCCUGGAUACACUCAAGCCAGCUGACAUUACAAUUGUGAAAUCAAUGAAGAAUCCUCCGUCUGGUGUUAAACUAGUUAUGGCUGCUAUUUGUGUCAUGAAAGAUAUAAAACCAGAAAAAAUUUCAGAUCCUUCAGGAACUGGAGGCAAGGUAUUAGAUUAUUGGGCACCCAGCAAAAAGCUUCUGGGAGAUAUGAAUUUCUUAAGAGAUUUGAGAGAAUAUGACAAGGACAACAUUCCAGUGACUGUCAUGCAGAAGAUACGUGGCGAGUACCUAACAAACCCUGAGUUUGACCCUUCUAAGAUCGCGAAAGCUUCUUCUGCAGCUGAGGGUCUGUGUAAGUGGAUCAUGGCUAUGGAAGUAUAUGACAGAGUUGCAAAGGUAGUGGCUCCUAAGAAGGCCCGCUUAGCAGAAGCUCAGAAGUCCCUAGCUGAGACCAUGGAGCUUUUGAAUCAGAAGAGAGCAGAACUGGCAGAAGUAGAACAUCAUUUGGAAAAUUUACAAAGAACAUUUAAUGAGAAAACUGAGGAAAAGUCUCGUUUAGAAGAUCAGGUGGAACUCUGUGCUAAGAAACUUGAAAGAGCCUCAAAACUAAUUGGAGGACUGGGUGGAGAAAAAUCAAGAUGGUCUCAAGCUGCAGAUGACCUGCAGGUGACAUAUGAAAACUUGACUGGUGAUGUCCUAGUAUCAGCAGGGGCGAUAGCCUACCUUGGUGCUUUCACUUCAGGCUUCCGACAAACAUGCAUAGAAGAUUGGAGUAUGUUAUGCAAGAAGAAAAGAAUUCCGUGUUCAGAGGAGUUCUCACUGAGUAAGACUCUGGGUGAUCCAGUAAAAAUUAGAGCCUGGAAUAUAGCUGGAUUGCCAACAGAUACAUUCUCAAUAGAUAAUGGAGUGAUUGUUAAGAACUCCAGGCGUUGGCCCUUAAUGAUUGACCCUCAGGGUCAAGCUAAUAAGUGGAUCAAAAACUCUGAAAAAGAAAAUCAGCUUAGCAUAAUUAAGUUAUCUGAUCCAGACUAUAUGAGAACACUGGAAAACUGUAUUCAGUUUGGAACUCCGCUUCUGUUAGAAAAUGUUGGUGAAGAACUGGACCCAUCUUUGGAGCCUUUACUACUUAGACAAACUUUUAAGCAAGGUGGCAUGGAUUGCAUCAGACUUGGUGAGGUCAUUAUUGAGUAUUCCUUUGAUUUUAAGUUUUAUAUCACCACAAAGCUGAGAAAUCCACACUAUAUGCCAGAAGUGGCAACAAAGGUGUCUUUGCUCAAUUUCAUGAUAACUCCAGAAGGACUUGAAGAUCAAUUACUAGGUAUUGUUGUUGCAAAGGAGAGACCAGAAUUAGAAGAGAAUCGAAAUGCCCUUAUUCUUCAAUCUGCAGCUAAUAAGAAACAGCUCAAAGAUAUAGAGAAAAAAAUUUUACAAACAUUAUCAUCUUCAGAAGGGAACAUUUUAGAAGAUGAAAGUGCAAUUAAAGUCUUAGACUCUGCGAAAAUGAUGUCCAAUGAGAUAACAAAGAAACAGCAGACUGCAGAAAAAACAGAACUCAAAAUAGCGGAGUCUCGGGAAGGCUACAGACCCAUCGCGAAGCACUCCUCGGUGCUGUUCUUCAGCAUUGCAGACCUGGCUAACAUCGACCCCAUGUACCAGUACUCCCUCACCUGGUUUGUGAACCUUUACAUCAACUCUAUUCAUGACAGUAACAAAUCCAAAAUUUUGGAAAAGCGCCUACGGUAUUUAAAUGACCACUUUACCUACAACCUAUAUUGUAAUAUAUGCCGAUCACUAUUUGAGAAGGACAAGCUGCUGUUUUCCUUUUUAUUAUGUGCCAAUCUUCUUCUGGCAAAGAAAGAGAUUGAAUACCAAGAACUGAUGUUUCUUUUAACUGGAGGAGUAAGUCUUAAGAGUGCUGAGAAAAAUCCUGAUCCAACUUGGCUAUCAGAUAAAAGCUGGGAGGAAAUUUGUCGGGCAAGUGAAUUUCCUGCCUUCAAAGAACUCAGGGAGCAUUUUUGUGAACAUAUAACUGAAUGGCGGGAAAUCUAUGACAGUAAAGAGCCACAUAAUGCUAAAUUUCCAGCACCAAUGGAUGAAAGACUAAAUGAACUACAGAAAAUAAUAAUUCUUCGGUGCUUAAGACCUGAUAAGAUAACUCCAGCGAUAACAAAUUAUGUAACUGAUAAACUAGGGAAAAAGUUUGUGGAGCCUCCACCAUUUGAUCUGACCAAGAGUUACUUGGACUCAAACUGUACCAUUCCUUUAAUUUUCGUGCUCUCUCCGGGAGCAGAUCCGAUGGCCAGCCUGCUGAAAUUUGCAAACGAUAAAGAGAUGUCUGGAAAGAAAUUUCAUGCUAUUUCACUGGGACAAGGACAGGGACCAGUUGCAACAAAAAUGAUUAAAGCAGCAGCAGAAGAAGGAACCUGGGUGUGCCUACAGAACUGUCACCUUGCUGUCUCCUGGAUGCCCAUGUUGGAAAAAAUUUGUGAAGAUUUUACCCCUGAAGUCUGUAAUUCAUCCUUUAGGCUUUGGCUCACGAGUUAUCCUUCUCCAAAAUUCCCAGUAACCAUCCUACAGAACGGAGUAAAAAUGACUAACGAGCCUCCCACAGGUCUUCGGCUAAACCUGCUCCAAUCAUACCUCACCGAUCCCAUUUCUGAUUCUCAGUUUUUCGAGGGAUGCCAGGGAAAAGAACUGGCAUGGGAGAAGUUGCUGUUUGGAGUUUGUUUUUUUCAUGCCCUUGUGCAAGAGAGAAAGAAAUUCGGUCCUCUUGGUUGGAAUAUUCCAUAUGGAUUUAAUGAAUCUGACUUACGGAUCAGUAUUCGACAACUACAGUUAUUUAUAAAUGAGUACGAGACAAUUCCGUUUGAAGCCAUCUCCUACCUGACUGGGGAAUGUAACUAUGGAGGCAGGGUGACGGACGAUUGGGACAGACGCCUCCUCUUAACCAUGCUGGCGGACUUUUAUAAUCCGCAAAUCGUUGAAAACACUCAUUACAAGUUUUCUCCCAGUGGAGACUAUUUUGCACCUCCCAAAGGCUCCUACGAUGAUUACAUUGAAUUCAUUAAGAAACUUCCGUUUACUCAGCACCCCGAGAUAUUUGGAUUACAUGAAAAUGUGGAUAUCUCCAAAGAUCUGCAUCAAACCAAACUUCUCUUCGAGUCCUUGCUUCUCACCCAAGGAGGCUCCAAACAGACAGGAUCCUCAGGGAGCACUGACCAGAUUCUAUUAGAAAUUACCAAAGAUAUUCUCAACAAGCUGCCAAAUGAUUUUGACAUCGAAACAGCCCUCCUGAAGUAUCCUGUGAGAUAUGAAGAGAGCAUGAAUACUGUGUUGGUACAAGAAAUGGAAAGAUUUAACAAUUUAAUUAGAACUAUACGCAAUACUCUACAGGACCUUGAUAAAGCUAUCAAGGGCUUGGUUGUAAUGGAUUCUGCAUUGGAGGCACUCUCUGGCAGUUUGCUUGUUGGAAAGGUUCCGGAAAUAUGGGCCAGACGAUCAUACCCGAGUCUUAAACCCCUAGGAAGUUAUAUCACAGAUUUUCUAGCCCGGUUGAACUUUUUACAGGACUGGUAUACUUCAGGAAAACCUUACGUGUUUUGGCUCUCAGGAUUCUUUUUUACCCAAGCCUUUCUCACUGGAGCGAUGCAGAAUUAUGCCAGAAAAUACACCAUCCCUAUUGACUUACUAGGAUAUGAAUUUGAGGUUAUGCCUUCGGAUACAUCCGAGACGGCGCCAGAAGAUGGCGUUUACAUCCACGGGCUGUAUCUUGAUGGAGCGCGCUGGUCCAGGACAAGUGGAUUGCUUGCUGAACAACAUCCCAAACUUCUCUUUGACCUGAUGCCCAUCAUAUGGAUAAAACCAACUAAAAAGACUGAGAUUGUGAAGUCAAAUGCCUACACCUGCCCGCUUUACAAGACAAGUGAGCGUAAAGGAACUCUCUCCACUACAGGACAUUCUACCAACUUCGUUAUUGCAAUGCUGUUGAAGACGGACCAGCCCACUCAACACUGGAUCAAGCGUGGGGUCGCCUUGCUUUGUCAACUAGAUGACUAAAUUGGACAAAAUUAAGAAAACAUCUGAAAGAAGGAAAAAAAAAAUCUAUGUCGUCUUAAAAAUACAUGUUAUAAAAUCAA